GCCCCCUCCCCCAGCUCCCCCACCUUCUCCCGGUUCUCAAGAUUUCCCUGAGUGCACAAUAAACUUUCAUUUUGGAAAGUCGUCACACACAUACACACUCAUCCUUGCGCGUCAUCCUGUAUCGCCAGGAAAGCUGCACAGCAUUUUUAUUCUUGCUGUUGUUGAUGUAUUACAGAACGCAUGGAGAAGAGACGGAAAACUAAAUAGAAGAGCGCACAGGUGGAGCAUCUCUUUUUUAUUUUUUUCAAAUCCAGUAGUCAUCUUCUUGGAGACUGCAGAGAAAAUGAGGACACGACAAUGACAUCAAACGGCAUUAUCAGUGUUUGAUUCUAGCUUUGUUUAUUUUUUUUUAAUUCUUACUUUAGUUUAUUAUUUUUAUUUUUUUAUUUUUGCGCUUUUGCUCUGCGCACAGCUCCCCAAGGAACACCUGGGAUGGAAAAACUUUGCCUCCUCUGUACUCUGGAUAAUAAAAUCUCCCGGGAAAGAAUGAAGUAAUGGAGUCGGACAAUGCCCCGAACUCCAAACGCAAAGCCACUGGAGUCGGGGGGAGAGCUCUGAUUCUUUGGACCGUAGUGGUUUCCAUCUGUUCUGUGAGGUUUGCACAAGCACAAGAUGUGGAUGUUUUGCAGCAGCUGGGGCUUUUCGGGCGAAGGCCGGGUGUGCCACCACCAACGGGGACUCGCUCCAUUCCCGCCGGUGUCAUCCCCGUUAAGUCCGGCUUCAUCCUCACUCCGAGCGCCCGCCUCCAGGUGCCGCUCCGCACCAUCAUCCCUGCUAGCUACGACACCAGCAACCUCUCCCUGAUCCUCAGCCUCUCUGCUCAUCGCUUCAACAGCGCCUUCCUUUUCUCUGUUCUAUCUAAAAGAAAGAAAGUUCAGCUCGGAGUACAGUUCACACCGGGGAAUGUUUUUGUACACGUGGGGCACAAGAACUCUGUGAGUUUUGACUACGACGUCUACGAUGGACGGUGGCAUAAUUUUGCUGUGGCUAUACGAGACCGUCAGGUAUUUUUGCACACAUCCUGUGGUGAGAAGAGCUUACAUGGAAAUUGGUCCUCGAAAAAGGACCAGCGCCUGGAUCCAGAGGGCUCCUUCCUGCUGGGCAAAAUGAGCCACAACUCAGUGCCGUUUGAAGGUGCAAUCUGUCAGUUUGACAUUUAUCCCUCGGCUGAGGCAGCUCAUAACUAUUGUGAUCACAUUAAGAAACACUGCAGAGAAGCUGACACAUAUCGGCCCGUUUUUCCACCCAUGCUACCUCUAUUCUCAGACCCGGAUAUUACUUUAACUCAUACAACUUCGCCAUCACUGACGAAGAGAUCUUUAGCUACAGAAUAUGCUGUUGUGUCUAUUUCUCCACCAUCUAAUGUUGGAUUGGAAAACCCGCCCAAAUUUUCAUCUCAGACUGUUACCGCAUCUCUUCGGAUCAUAAAUCUACCGGAUCAGAAAAACUUCGUCAAAAACACAAAUCAGAGGGAUAGUGAGUCUUCUGGAGCUUCUGGGAAAAGUUUACUUCUGCCUGUCUCCGUCAGACUGUCGGCAAAUCUCAGGACCACGGCCUUUUCCACUCAGGCGUACGUUCCCCAUGAAAAGGAACUGACCACAGUAGCUCCAAAGAAACCUGAGCCAGAAGUGACCAGCGAUUUCAAACCAACCGCACUCCCUGCGGUGACUCCAGUUGCAACAGAUGGCUUUCAGACAUUUGACCUGGAGCCAACCCAGUUCUCACUGCUGGCUGGACCACCUGGGCUAAAGGGAGAACCAGGACCACCGGGUCCCCAAGGAUUUCCAGGAUUGCCAGGAAUCCCAGGAAAAAGGGGCCCCAGGGGCCCUCCUGGUUCUCAUGGAAACCCUGGUCGACCCGGACCGCCCGGAGUGAAGGGACAAAAAGGAGACCCUGGAAUGUCACCUGGUCAAGCCCUGAAAGGACAAAAAGGAGAACCUGGAAUGAUCGGCCCACCUGGACCGCCCGGCCAAGAUGGACGAAAGGGACAAAAAGGCUAUUCUGGUCCUUGUGGUCAUCCGGGCGAACCUGGUGAGCAAGGAGAUGAUGGAAGCCUUGGAGCCAAAGGCUAUCCUGGCAGGCAGGGUUUGCCUGGACCUGUAGGAAAAACUGGACCAAAAGGCGUCAGUGGUCACAUUGGCGUCCCGGGGCUUUUUGGCUUUCCUGGUCCUGAUGGAGAGAGAGGAAUUCCUGGUGUGCAUGGGAAGAAGGGCAAGAUGGGUAGGCCGGGGUUUCCUGGUGACUUUGGAGAGCGGGGACCGCCUGGCCCUGAUGGGAACCCAGGUGAGCUGGGAGCCCCAGGUCCAUGUGGAGUCACUGGCCUCAUUGGAGACAUGGGCCCUGGCGGCAUGAUGGGCUUACCGGGGUUUCCAGGACUCAAGGGAGUACCUGGAAAUCCAGGGGUAGCAGGACUGAAAGGUGAUAAGGGGGACGUGGGCUUAACGGGAGAACAGGGGGAGUCUGGAUUCCAAGGGGACAAGGGCCGCCGGGGUUCCCCUGGGUUACCUGGUCCUCGUGGAAAACCUGGACCACAGGGCAAACCUGGAGAAAAAGGCCCUGAUGGCAUUCCUGGUCCUCUUGGUUCAGAGGGCUUCCCAGGUGACAUUGGCCCACCGGGACAAAAUGGUCUAGAGGGACCGAAGGGAAAGGAAGGGACAAGAGGUUUGCCAGGUCCGACAGGAGCACCUGGACUUCAGGGUGACGAGGGGCCAGUUGGGCCAGCUGGACCCGCUGGAGCCGAGGGCAGGCCUGGGAGGCAGGGAUUCCCUGGACUGACGGGCUCAGAAGGACCCAAGGGCGAGACGGGGAUAACCGGCGAGGUCGGCAAGCUUGGCGAGAGGGGACUGCCAGGCUUUAUCGGGCCUAUUGGGGAGGCAGGAAUGGCUGCAGAAAAGGGGGAUCGAGGGAAAACGGGUAUCCCCGGACCUCCAGGUGAACCUGGGCCGAUGGGUCACUCUGGACUACCUGGAGAGACAGGCCCACCGGGACUGGAAGGGAUUCUAGGCCCAACUGGUUCACGAGGAUCUGCUGGCAUCAGAGGACCCAAAGGCAGGAGAGGUCCAAGAGGUCCUGAUGGUCCACUGGGGGCAAAGGGGUCAGCGGGGGUCAAGGGGCCUGAUGGUCCACCAGGAAAAUUGGGCCUCCCUGGGGAAAUGGGAAAGCUUGGUGAGCCAGGCGAAGCCGGGCCGAAGGGAUUUCCAGGUAUCCCGGGGCCCUCAGGACCACCUGGAGCCAAAGGAAUUGUAGGAGAACCAGGGUCAUCAGGGCCGGCAGGAACGAUCGGGCCACUGGGGGCAAUUGGACCAAUGGGACCUGCUGGAAACGAUGGGGAAAAAGGGCCGCCGGGUGAAUCUGGAGAGAAGGGUUCUGUUGGCUCGCCCGGCAGCAUUGGGGAGCAGGGCUUGAUUGGCCAGAGAGGUGAGACAGGCAUUGACGGGGAAGCUGGACUAAGUGGACCACAUGGUACCAUGGGCGAGAAAGGAGAUGGCGGUCCAGAUGGGGCCGGUGGGGACAGAGGUGAAAUUGGCCUGAAAGGAAAGGAAGGCAGACCUGGUCCUCCUGGACUUGUGGGGGUCAGAGGUCAGGAGGGCGCGCCCGGCAAAAUCGGGGAAAGAGGAAAGCCAGGAGAAAAGGGGACCAAAGGUCAGCAAGGUCAUUUAGGUGAGAGUGGACCAAUCGGGGAGCAUGGAGAGCCUGGAUUUAUUGGACAGAAAGGGGCAAGAGGAACCACCGGCCCAGUGGGUGUUCCUGGAAGAAUGGGCCAACAAGGUGAUCCAGGCAUUGCAGGUUAUGAGGGUUAUGUGGGACCACCAGGGCCGCUUGGACCCCCUGGAUUGAAAGGUGAAAAGGGUGAACAGGGAGAUGACGGCAAAGUAGAGGGUCUUCCAGGUCCCCAAGGUGACAGAGGUUCUCCCGGAGACAGAGGGGAGCGAGGAGAGCCAGGUGACCCAGGACGCAUAGGUGAAAUUGGUUUCAAUGGGCCUAGAGGUGAAGCAGGUGCACCAGGUCUUCCUGGAUAUCCUGGGCUGAAGGGACAACCAGGUCUGAAAGGAUCCAAAGGUGAUCAGGGUCCUAAAGGAAAAUCAGGCGUAACAGGAGCAUCUGGGAACAGAGGACCACCAGGCCCACAGGGGCCGUCUGGCCCACGUGGGGUCCUGGGCAGGGAGGGACUGGAGGGCCCACCUGGGAUGGAUGGCUUACCUGGUAAAGAUGGAAGUAAUGGAGUCAAGGGGGAUCAAGGAGAGGACGGAGAAGUUGGUUUACCUGGAAAACCUGGGAUGCCAGGCGGAAGGGGGGUGACGGGACUUUCAGGAAGCCAAGGUUCCUUUGGCUCAAAGGGGGAGAGGGGUCUGCCAGGUCAGGUGGGCCCAGCGGGGAAGAGAGGUUUUGUCGGUGUGAUGGGAUUACCGGGAAAGCCAGGAGACCUGGGAGCAAAAGGCCAAACAGGGGAUAGUGGUGAGCAGGGCUACCCAGGAGUACUGGGCAUGUUCGGCCCAAAGGGACCCCCAGGGGACAUUGGCCUGGCAGGAAUACAGGGACCAAAAGGGCCACGAGGAUUGAUGGGUGCGGUGGGAGCCUUGGGCCCCGUUGGCAUCAUUGGGCCCAGCGGUCAUCCAGGACCUCAGGGUGACAAAGGAAGUCGCGGGGAGACGGGGUUACCAGGACCAAAUGGAUCUCCUGGUCCUCGAGGACCACCUGGACCACCAGGCCUUCCAAGUUCUGAGCAUUUACUAAGAAAUGAGGCUCUCAGUCCUGCUUUGGAAAUCAUCAUGGAGCCUCCUGCUGUUCUGCAGCAAGAGAAUUAUCAAAGCAUGGACUUGCCCAUGUUAGACCAAGGCACGGAGAUCUUGAAGACGCUUCACCACCUCAGCACGUUGGUCCACAGCCUGAAGAACCCGCUGGGAACCAGACGCAACCCGGCUCGAACCUGCCUGGACCUUUACAACUGUGAGCAGCGGAUGUACGACGGAGCUUACUGGAUCGAUCCAAACCUUGGAUGCAGUGCAGACAGCAUUGAAGUGAUGUGUAACUUCACUGGUGGAGGACAAACUUGUCUGAAACCUAUUACAGUUUCAAAGUUGGAAAUCGGAGUGGGUCGAAUCCAGAUGAAUUUUAUCCACCUGCUGAGCACCGAGGCUGUGCAGCACAUCAUAAUUCACUGCCUCAACGCCUCUGUGUGGGCCGAAGGUCCCACCCAGCAGCCUUCACCCAGGUCUGUAAGCUUCAAGGCCUGGACCGGGGAGGAUAUCCAGGCGGGGGACCUUCUGGAGCCUCAGAUACCCAGGGACGACUGCUGCAUCAGAGAUGGACGCUGGCAUCAGACCCACUUCAUCUUCCAGAGCCAAGACCCAACUUUGCUUCCCAUCAUAGAUGUGCACAAUUUGCCAACCACAGAGCCCGGCGCGCGGUUUCACCUCGAGGUCGGACCUGUUUGCUUCCUGUAGCGCCGACUCUGAACACUUCACAAAGGAGUGACUGCAUUAAAGCUUUGAAACGGAGGAAGAACAUCAAUGAUUUUGUACUUUCCAAAACAACAAAACCCUCCACGCUCUCUAUGAAAAAUGCUUGGACUGCAAAAAUAAAAAGACAAAAACAACAGCAGGGGCACUAUAAAAAGACAGCUCAUUGAAAUUGCAGAGAUAAAACUUCUGGCCCAACUGAAAGCAGAGACUUGGUUUGUGUGACACAAGAGCUGGCUGCCUCCUUUGGAAAAAUUAGACGAUCAUAUUAAUCUUGUCAUCUCUGAAACCUUGUACAUUUUUAUUCAUGGUCUGAUGAACCGUUCUGCAAAAAACUGUACAGAAAUAUGGAAAUUAUACAUCUUGUGAUGAAGUACUAUUUAUAGAUGUAAAUGUACUUUGUACUGUGCGUUGAAGUGCAAUUGCAAUAGUUUGCAACGUGUAGGGAUAUACAGUCAUAUCACCCAUUCAGGUAUGCAGCGUUCCUCCAGGUGUUUCUGCGUGAGCCUCAAUUAGCGGCUCGGUGAUGAGUGUUUGUGCAGGUAUGUUCACAGUGUUGCGUGGCACUUUCAGUGCGAACGUGGAGCAAAGAUGUCAAAAAAAUGCUACCUCGCUCUGCACCGCUCGACUAGACGCAAACUGAAGCCACGACCUGAUCUAAUCUGGGACGACAUAGAGGUGACACCUGGUGCUGAAGCUGUUGACACUCUGGGGAUAAACUCUUGUCAGCGCUCAUCCAAGCUAUCUCUGUGCUUUAAAAGGGAAGAAUGUAAAGUAUACACACACACAAACACACACACACACAAACAUGCAUAAUUUUUUGAAGUAUCAUCUUCACAGUUUAACGUUUAUUUGUAUAAUUUUCAACACUAUAAGUUAAGUUUUUCUUGUCAAAAUGUAAGUUUAUUAUCUGCAACCAUUUAGUAUCAAUAAUUUCUAUUUAAAACUUAUUUAAGUAUUCAUUAGCUCUCCACCUCAGAAGCAGGCACCAGCGCUUUAAAGGUUAUUUAAAAUGCAAUAUGAUUGGUCUCGCCAGUCUGUGAUCUCAGAGGACUUCUAACAUGACAGAAUACAAUGUAAAUCUCAGUGUUUGUUGUGUGAACAAUCUUUUUUUAAUGCUGAAUAAAGUUUUAAUGACUCCACAGGUAAUUGAGAUAAAGUGUGAAACUCUUUAGAAACAGCUUUUAUAUACGUGUUUUGACAAGAUAAAAUUUAAAUACAAUUUUUCAAAGAAUAUGAAAAACACGACUCAAUGAUCAUCAUACUGUUAAAUAUCCAAGUUUACAUGAAGUAAACUUGCAUAGUAAAAACAUUUGAUAGUAAAUAUUUAAAAGAAUACAAUGAGUAUGCUGCAUAGCACUCAUUUUCCUAUUUUUAAUGAGCCAUCUGUAUGAAAAACAAUAAGUCACAAAGCCCUAUUGAUAUAUUUUCAGCUGCGUGUGUUGGAUUUACAAUACAUUUUUUUUAUGUUAUACCUUUAACAUAUUAACCGACAAAAUGUUAUUACAUCCAACAAUAUUACAUUUGAACUUUAUUGCAUUUUGGAUGGCCAAAAUUGUUACAUUAUUUGUAGACAUUAAAUUACUAUAAGUUACUAUAA